CCAGCAGCCAGUAGUGCUGUGUUGCAAUCUUCCCACACAAAAGAUAGUCGUAGAUAGCCAAACCACGAGCAGAGCGACAAGAUGAAGAUUGGCAUCGACAACGAGUGGUAUGACCUCACCAAGUGGGCGCGCUACCACCCCGGCGGUGAGCGCAUCUUGGAGCGGUUUGAUGGCCACAAUGCCACCGAACACUUUUACAGCCUCCACUCCAAGAAGGCCGUGGAGCAGCUCAAGCGCAUGCGCCCCGUGGACGCCAAGGAGAGCGUCCCCGAGGAGAGCAAGAUCGACCAGGCGUUCCGGGAGUUGCGGCAGCAGCUGAAGCGCGAUGGCUGGUGGGAGCGCCAGUACUUCUGGGAGUUUUCCCUGAUUGGUGCCAUCUUUGCCAUGGUGAUUGCGGGCACCAUGCUGUCGUACACACACCCGAUUGUGGCCAUCCUGCUGCUCAGCGUCGCCAUGCAGCAAGCGGGCUGGCUCGGUCAUGACUUUGUGCACGGCCGCGACGUACCUCUCCACACCGCACUCACCAGGGUGGUCACGGGUUGGAUCAACGGCUUCCACCGCUCCUGGUGGUCUGAGAAGCACAACACACAUCACGUGCUCACCAACCACGCCCAGCACGAUCCUGACAUUGACAUGCAGCCGGUGCUCUUCCUGUGGGCGCCGAUCAAGGCCGUGGACCACCACCUCCGCAAGUACCAGCACUACUACUUCCCGCUGCUCUACUGCCUCAUUUACGUGUCCUGGCGCUGGCAGUCCCUCCUGUGGUCCCUCAACCGCCGUGACUGGAACACCUUCCUCUUCUCCCAGCUCCCAGGCUACGUCUGGCUGGCCAUGAUGCCGUGGUACGUCUCUCUUGGCUCCGUCCUCUUUGGCGGCUUCCUCGUUGCCCUUGUUGUGACGCUGUCGCACGAGACUGAGGAGAUUGUCACGGGCCGCAUCACUUCCUUUGCCGAGAACCAGUUUGUGUGCACGAAGAACAUCGAGUGCCCGGAUUGGAUCACCGAGUAUCUGUUUGGCGGCAUGCAGUACCAGCUGGAGCACCAUCUCUUCCCCACGCUCCCCCGCUACAAGUACCGCCUGCUUGUGCCGAUUGUGAAGCAGUGGGCGCGCAACAACGGCCUCGAGUACAAGGCAGCGCCGCUCACAGACAUGCUGGUUGAGCACUACCAGUUCCUGAAGAAGAACGGUCAGCUCGCCGCCCGUAAGGACAAGGUGGACAAGUACGCCUUCCAGCCCUAGGCAACCAAACCAUUGUUGGGGCCGUUUCCUUGGCUUGCCUGUUGUCCCCCGUCUCUCUUCUCCUCUCGCCAGCCAUUUUUCCCCUUUCUUCUUCGCUUGUGCUCUCGCGUAGCCUGCUUGGGCUGUCUGCCUCGCUCCCUGUAACGACUAUCACAACAUCACACGUCA